UGCUCGCAAAUAAUCAUGAUUUGUUGUUAAAUUUUUGAUUUGGAAUUUUUAUCAGUUGAUUUUUCUAUUACUUUAUAAAUUUCGAUAAACUGUUCUGAAGCAUAUAGGAAAGAAUAAGCAAUAAUAGAAAAAUAAAGGAUUCAGAAGGGGCGUUAAAGAUUUACUCUUUACUCAACCAUAAUAAUAAAAAAACAAGUGAUUGCAGACUGUGUGUUAAAAGGCAAACAAAUACCAAGAAGUGCAAUUCCUUCUCAAACAUUAGGAGCAUCAUAGGACCUGAUCUCAUUGAACGAUUAUCUUAAGCUCCCAAUAUUUGAGUCUAAGAAUGUCCAGCGGUGCCCUGCCAAAAACCAAGAGAUCCAAAUCAUCGCUCCAGUGUAGCGACUGGCGUGAAGAGGCAAAGGUACAAAAUUCCAAUAGUGAAUUCUCAUUUGAAUUAAAGCCAAAACCGAAAUUGACCUGCAUACCGGAAAAUUGUAGUAAAUUCUUCAGUGAUCUACGUGAGACAAAUUGCAGAAAAACGCAAUCAAUGAAUGUAUCCAAGAAUACCGAAAUACCGGAGAAAUCGUGGUCUGUUUUGUUCAUCGGUUCAAAAAGCAAUCUGCAUGCCAAAAAUGUUAUGUGAACUUCUGGGCAAAUAUGAAAAUCUAUAUAAUGAGCCGUAAAUAUUUUUUGGAGAGCUUCCACCCUUUCCUUUUGCGAAUUCGACGCUAAGCAAAACCUUAUUUCCAAAUUAUCGAUGAUAUUAUUAAGCAAAAUUAAUAAGAUAUGAACCAUUAAAUUGCAUGCAUUUCAUAAUAUUUUGAUGACAAAAAAUAAUACUUAUACAUUAAAAAUUAAUAAGGUCCUUUGGCUAAUAUGUUAUAUCUCAUAGUCAUUCUUCUACGAUUGGUGGCACAAAGGUCCAAAAGAC